GUUCCGACCAAAGGUUGAAGUACCUCCUUCUGGGGUUUUGCAGGCAAAGUGAGGAAGAGUCAAAGCAGACAGUGGAAUUCUCCAAGCUGGUGGCGUAACAGAGAGAAGAUGUUAUGUGAAAGUGAAGAGCACGUCACGGUCUCGCACCCGUCUGGUCUCCGUCAUUUCCUAGAAAAGUUUUCCUCAACAGGUGUCCAAUCGGCACAAGUGAAGGGCCUCCAGACCGACGCUGGCAAUCUCUCCGUGGGCCUGACAACACUCAUAAGCCAGCCACAAGGCGUUCGUUCCAUAUCUGCAGCAGGGAUCUGUUUCCAUUAGCAGUGGUGAGUGUCUCCCCACCAACCUUCUAUAGAUGGACGUGAGGAUCAAGACAGAGUGCAGGAAGUGGGAGACAAUAAGGAGAGGACUGAGCUGAGAACAUAUAGAUGGAACUGGAAAUUCUUCAUGUAGCAUCAUCAUCAACAAUGAUAGAGAGACAGACAGACAGACAGGGAUCUGAAGGCAGAUCCUUCUCCAUAGACUACAAGAACAACUGCUUCCUGAAAGAUGGGAAACCUUUCCAGUACAUCUCUGGCAGCAUUCACUACUCCAGAAUUCCGAGGUUCUAUUGGCAGGACCGGCUGCUGAAGAUCUACAUGGCUGGUCUCAAUGCCGUCCAAGUGUAUGUUCCCUGGAACUUCCACGAGCCGGUGAUGGGGGUACAGAAUUUCACAGGGGACCGGGAUUUGGAGCACUUCUUGGAUUUGGCCAAUCAGACGGGUCUGCUGGUCAUCCUGCGACCAGGUCCGUACAUAGAUGCUGAGUGGGAAAUGGGCGGCCUGCCAGCCUGGUUACUGUUACAGCAAAACAUAACACUCCGGACAGCUGACUUGGGUUAUAUGGAGGCAGUGAGCAACUGGCUCUCAGUUCUACUCCCCAAAGUGCGUCCCUGGUUGUAUGUUAAUGGCGGAAACAUUAUCAGUGUCCAGGUGGAGAAUGAGUAUGGAAGUUACUACGCUUGUGACUACAACUACCUGCGUCUGCUUCGUGUUCUUUUCCGCUUCUUCCUCGGUGAAGACGUCGUCUUGUUCACCACUGAUGGAAACACGGACGGGGAGAUGAGAUGUGGAACUCUGCAGGGACUGUAUGCUACAGUGGACUUUGGCACAGACACCAACAUCACUGAAGCUUUCGACCGACAGAGAAGCAUCGAACCUGCCGGUCCUCUGGUGAAUUCUGAAUUUUACACGGGCUGGCUGGACCACUGGGGAGAGCCACAUGCUUCAGUUGAUGCAACGAGAGUCAGCAGGAUGCUUGGACAAAUGCUGGCCAUGGGCGCCAACGUCAAUAUGUACAUGUUUGAAGGUGGGACAAACUUUGGCUACUGGAACGGAGCUGAUCACGACACCAAGUACCGCCCUGUCCUGACCAGUUACGACUACGAUGCUCCGCUUUCUGAAGCUGGAGACCCCACAGAGAAGCUGCUGGCCAUCAGGGACGUCAUUAAACAGUUCAGGGAAAUCCCAUCAGGACCUAUGCCACCAGCCACUCCUAAAUUUGCCUAUGGCUUUGUGACACUCAGACAGGUCGGCAAUCUGACCAGCGUGCUGAGCACGUUGUCACCAGGAGGUUCGGUUAAAUCAAAAAUCCCUUUGAGUUUUGAAGAGCUGAAGCAGUUCUAUGGAUACAUCCUGUAUCGCACUCUGCUGCCGAGGGAUCUACUGGCUCCGACGCAGCUUUUCUCUCCUCUCGACGGGAUUCAUGACCGGGCCUAUGUGUCUGUCAAUGGGGUUUACCAGGGCGUUUUGGAAAGAGACACAUCACUGGCGUUGAAUAUUUCUGGAGAGCAGGGGGAUACCCUGGAUGUUCUUGUUGAGAACAUGGGCAGAGUCGACUUCGGCAGCGAAAUGAAAGACUACAAGGGCAUCUUGAAGAACCUGUUUCUGGGUGAGGACGUUCUGAAAGACUGGCUGAUCUUCCCCCUGGACAUCGACAGGGCUGUUUCUGAUGGAUGGCCUCAUGGAGACAACAGCCUCCAAACUGAACCUUCUGCAGGACCAACCUUUUACAUGGGAACUUUGAAGCCCAACGGCCUGGCCUCAGACACUUUCCUCAAACUCUAUCAGUGGACAAAGGUGAGUCAAGGUGACGGCAACCAAAUAAUCCUUGAACUGAACUCUUCUCCUCUGUUCUAUAGGGUCAGGUUUGGAUUAACGGUGUUAAUCUGGGGCGGUACUGGAUGUGCAGAGGUCCACAGCAGACGCUUUACGUGCCAGGACCACUGCUCAGCACCACAAGGCCCAACAACAUCACAGUGCUGGAGCUGGAGGCGGCACCGGAACAUUUAAGGGUUCUGUUCAUGGACCGGCCUCAGCUCGGAGCCACAGGUUAAAGCACUUUAGUGGGAUAAACAGUUUCGGUUGUGUCGUCGCUUGAGAGAACAGUAAGGGCAUUGUGAUUGUGGAGAAGUCCACAGAGGACAAUCACUGGCAUGAAUUUGGGGAUUGCACACUCUGCAGUAAGAGCAUUAGAGUCGGACUUCCUGCUGCACAACUUGAAAGCGACAUGUUAAUUUGUAAAUAUGUGGUUGGCCCAAAUUGGAUAUGGAUGAAGAUGUGUUGUUUUUUUAAUGAAUGCAAAGAAGAACAUAUUGUCAUUUCUUCGCAAUCUCGCUGUUGACAAAUAAACCAAAGGUACUUUACUGUUUUGAUACUUUGCUCCUCUACAAUUAAAAGAGGAAGUUUGAGGAUCAUGUGAUUCAAGUUUGGCAACAAUAGAGGUAGCUUCCUCCUGACUACUGUCUCCACACGUCAGCCUUUCCCUGCAGGAGCGUUGGCUUUCCGAUGCGCUUGGACGCAACGAGGGGUGCAGAAGGAGAAGUCCAAAUAUUGGAAGGGAACCUUCCCAAGUAGGGACUCGCCACACGUCCAGCACCUCCUAGUGGCAACAGAAAGAGCAGGUUAUUCCGUUGUUUAGCUUCUGAACAGAGUGGACGCACCUGAUAUUAGAAACACCAAGUCCGGUUGCGGACGCUUGCUCAGCCAGUCGCCUCUCUGCUGCAAGAGCUCUCUAUAAAACCAAACCUUUCUUCAGAGAUGCUGCAUCAAGGAAGAUCAAUUGUAUUGAAGGCACGCACCUUUUCCCGGUCAGAAAGAGAAGCAAACCUCUUCUUCUCCUCGGCCUCUGACUCUUGCUUCCUUUUCUCCUCCUUUUGAUCUUUUUCACGCUGCUUUUUCAUAGCCUUUUGAGCCUUUUUCUUCUCAGCCUUCUUUGAUUCAGUCUCAGCUGUGAGUGGCUCAGGGACCUUUAGAGGCAACAUUUAACAUUUAACCUUAAAACAUUCGAAUGCAGUAAGACGAGAUUCUUUUCUCACCUGAGCCUUGUUGUAGUCGUAUCUGUCGGGAUUCUCCCCACGGUAUUUACGGAAGACGUUUCUUGUGUCUUUAUCAGGCGCAACGAUGUAAGGGGUCUGUCCUUUGUUGUUCCUGGAAAUCAGUGACAAAAAAAUGCUACAAUCACUGCAAAUGCAU